CAAAUAAUUAAUUCACCUUAUGUAUUUUAACUAUUCAUUCAGGGCCGAGGCAGACAUAGCGCUGAUAGGACUGGCCGUUAUGGGCCAGAAUCUCAUACUUAAUAUGGCUGAUAAUGGAUUCACGGUGUGUGCCUACAAUCGUACCACCGAAAAGGUUGACCAAUUCCUGGCCAACGAAGCUAAGGGCAAAUCAGUGGUCGGCGCGCAUAGCAUAGCCGAAAUGGUGGGCAAACUAAAAUCACCCAGGCGCAUUAUACUACUAGUUAAAGCCGGGUCAGCUGUAGAUGAUUUCAUUGGGCAAUUGGUGCCCCAUUUGGACCCGGGUGAUAUUAUCAUCGAUGGCGGUAACUCGGAGUACACGGACACACAGCGCCGGUGCGAUGAGCUCCAGGCUAAGGGCCUGUUGUUUGUCGGGUCGGGUGUGAGUGGCGGUGAAGAAGGCGCCCGAUUUGGGCCGUCACUGAUGCCCGGCGGCCAUCCCGAGGCCUGGCCACACAUCAAGGACAUAUUUCAGACCAUAGCGGCCAAGGCUGAUGGCGAGCCCUGUUGCGAUUGGGUGGGCGACGGCGGUGCCGGCCAUUACGUCAAAAUGGUUCACAACGGCAUAGAGUACGGCGACAUGCAGUUGAUCUGCGAGGCCUACCACCUGCUCCGGGACACACUGGGCCUCACUCACGAUGAAAUGGCCGACAUCUUUGUCGACUGGAACCGAUCCGAAUUGGACUCAUUCCUCAUCGAAAUCACUGCCGAUAUAUUGCGGUAUAAGGACUCGGAUGGCGAACCACUGGUCACUAAAAUCCGGGACUCAGCCGGACAGAAAGGGACGGGCAAAUGGACAGCCAUAGCGGCCCUGGACUAUGGCGUACCCGUCACACUGAUUGGUGAGUCAGUGUUUGCCCGAUGCCUGUCCUCGUUGAAAGACGAGAGGGUCAGCGCAUCGCAAGUGCUCGCGGGCCCGGCGGUAGAGAAGUUUACGGGCGAUCGUCGGCAGUUUAUCGACGAUAUACGUAAAGCACUAUACGCGUCAAAAAUCGUAUCGUACGCCCAGGGCUUUAUGCUGCUCCGGGAAGCGGCCCAACAGUUCUCGUGGCACCUGAACUACGGGGCCAUAGCGUUGAUGUGGAGGGGAGGGUGUAUUAUACGGUCGGCCUUUUUGGGCAACAUUAAGCAGGCGUUCACCAGUCAGCCCGAGUUGGCUAACCUACUGGUCGACCGCUAUUUCGCCGACGAAGUGCAUAAGUGUCAGGACGGCUGGCGCCGUACUGUGGCCGGCGCUGCCCUACGCGGUGUACCCACACCUUGUUUCGCUACGGCGUUGGCAUUUUUUGAUGGGUACAGGUCGCCGGUAUUGCCCGCUAAUUUGAUCCAGGCCCAACGCGAUUAUUUUGGCGCCCAUACCUACGAGCGGCUAGAUGAGCCUGGUAAAUGGGUGCACACUAAUUGGACUGGUAAGGGCGGUAAUGUGUCGGCCAGUAGUUAUAACGCUUAA